UUAUGUGGACAGGCGUGGCAUUCGCAGGUGUACAAGCAACAUGUGCAACAGGCGAGACGCCAGGGAUAUUGAUAUGCAAAUUUGGGACGACGACGUGCAGAAAGACCCCCGUGCCGUGCGCAGAGCAUCAAAGGUCAGGUAUGCAAUGGUAAUAUACGGGGUCGGCAAGUUUCAGCAUGGCAUUGGAUUACAUCAAGGCACCCUCCCAGCCUAGAAGGGGAGUACAGGCCAGAGCUCCGGGUGCCUCUGUCGGGCAACGCCGCGACGACGGCUGCCCUUCCGACGCCUGAGCAGACGGCGCUGCAACGUCAAAACCGACCGCAAGCCAUCAUCAGCACAGCUGCUACGAGGAUGCCGCUCCAGGUACCGGCUGCUCUCGUCUAGGCCCCGGGCGCGCUAGGACCCGCGGCUGCCAGCGGUGGAUAUGGCAGCAGUCAGGCCAUGCAAGCAACGCCAAAACGCCUGCAGACUCGUCCGCCAGCACUCACUGUUCCCAACGGCUUUGGCUUUCCAUGCCCUCUGGAGGGGGUUCCCGUGGCUCUGGCUCCCGGCUCUGCCCUACAGGUCCCCCAAGGCCCCCUACAGGUCCCCUACAGAACUGCUCUGGAGCCAGCAACGGGGGGCCCUCUGGCCUCAACCGCCUGCGGGCGAGCGAACUCUGCUCGGCGAGAGCCGGGAUCGAGGCGCUGCGAAGUGAGCCAACAUGACCUGUCAUUGCGGGUAUGCGCCAGGCAGAUGGCGAAUUGCAGCGGCGCGGCGAAAAAUUCUGAAUUGCGAAGGGCCCAAGAUAGCCUUUUACCAGCUGCUGCUGGCGUCGAUGAAAAUGGCCUGACUUUGCUGCGCGGAGGGGCAGCCAACGAGGCGCCGGGCGGUCCAGACGCCGCUUCUGGGGAUCCUCUGGAGGGGACCCUGCGCCAUGGAUGCCAUGCAUGUGGGAAGGCAAGGGAAAAAACUGCUGGCCAAAUAUCCAGACAUCGUACGAUCCGCCAGGUUGCUGGAGGGCCAAGGGAGCAGACGAGGCGCCGCCGCCGCGCGCUGAUUGGUCCGCCGCCCUCCCGCACUCGGCGCCUCGGUAUCGCAGCUUAUUGCUACCCCGUUAGGCAAAGGGGUGGCACGACUUUUUCCGUUCGGGGAAUAUAAUAAAAAGUGGCCAUACAAUCAGGCGAUGGUGACGGCCUCUGCGCCAGCGCCGGCUCCAACCUCGUCGCGACAGCUCCCCUUCUCCGCGAUCGUCUCGCAUCUCCAAGUCCACGGGGAAGCUGCUUUCUUAAGUAUUUUUGGGCGGUUGCUGUGUCGUUGGCGAUAUGCUCUGAUAUCCCCAGGUCUCGCCACCAUCGAAUAAGAAAAGCAAAAUUAGGGAUGCCAUCAGUCGCUAAGAUGGGCCCAUCCACUGCUGACACUGGAGAAAUGCGACCAACGACCCCCUGG